AUGUCUUGGGCAGGAUUCAAGAAAAAUGUCAACCGCGCGACAACGCAGGUGAUGAUGAAGACAGGACAUGUGGAAAGAACCAAUGACCGGGAUUAUGAAAUCGAAGAACGGCGUUACCGAACUAUGGAGACUGCGGCAAACCGACUACAGAAAGAAGCGAAGGGCUACCUGGAUUCGUUACGAGCAAUGACGGCCUCGCAAAUGCGCAUUGCAGAGACGAUCGAUGCGUUCUACGGCGAGGCAGGAACACGCGACGGUGUUAGCAGGAGCUAUAAGCAGGCUGUUGAGGACCUGGACGCUGAAACAAUCAAGGCCCUGGACGGACCCUACAGAACAACUGUCCUCGAACCAAUAACCCGGUUUUGCGCCUACUUCCCCGACAUCAAUGAGUGUAUCAAGAAGAGGAACCACAAAUUGCUUGAUUACGAUGCGAUGAGAGCGAAGGUCAAGAAGCUGGUUGAGAAGCCCGACAAGGACGCGACCAAGCUGCCUCGCACAGAAAAAGAAACCGAGAUGGCCAAGCAGGCAUACGAGCAAUUGAACGAACAGCUAUUCACGGAACUUCCCCAGCUCAUCGAUCUGCGGGUGCCCUAUCUGGACCCCAGCUUCGAGGCCUUGGUCAAGAUUCAGUUGCGAUUCUGCGCUGAGGCAUAUUCCCGUAUGGCUCAGGUGCAGCAAUAUCUGGAUGCCGAAACAAGAGAUCAAUAUGCCCGUGGUGAUUUGGACAACAGGGUCGAGGAAGUCUUGCAGGAGAUCCGUGACUUGAGUAUAGCAGGAACUGUAUAA